UCAGCUUGAGGAGCUCCUUCGACUGGGUUUCAUUAAACCCAGUAACUCCCCUUGGGGUGCACCUGUCCUCUUUGCUCGCACUCGCAAAGCGGACGGAACUCUCCACCUCUGCAUCGACUACCGCGGCCUUAACCGUUACACGGUUAAGGACAACUAUCCCAUGCCCCGCGCAGAUGAGCUAUUUGACCGUCUAGCAGGCAACCGCUUCUUCACGAAGAUCGAUCUUCGUAGCGGUUAUCACCAGAUCCACGUUGUUGCAGAGGAUCGACCGAAGAUCGCCUUCCAGUCGCGCUUCGACCACUACGAGUUCACGGUGAUGCCAUUCGGCCUCACCAAUGCACCCGCCACCUUCCACACGGCGAUGAACGACAUCUUCAAGGACAUCCUCGAAGAAUACGUUCUCAUAUACCUGGACGACAUCUUGGUCUACAGUCGUACCUUAGAAGACCAUAUCAGACACCUUCGUGAUGUCCUACAACGCUUACGCAAGCAUGACUUCUAUGCCAAGCUUAGUAAGUGCCACUUUGCCCAACGCAAAGUGGACUUCCUAGGACACCAUGUGUCUGACCAGGGUCUCCACAUGAACGACGCGAAGAUCACUGCUAUCGCAGAGUGGCCCGUCCCCACAUCUGCCAAGCAGCUUCGCAGUUUCCUAGGCCUCAACAACUACUAUAGUAAUUUUAUCCAGGGAUACGCUGGGUAUUCCUACGUCCUUACCUCCACCCUCCUCCGGAAGAACCCGUCGUGGUUUUGGACACCCCUCUGCGAGGACGCCUUCCGCGCCCUCAAGAAGGCGGUGACUGGUGCGUCGAUUCUUCGCCUCCCAGAUUUUGAUCGCCCCUUCAUCGUCACCACUGAUGCGUCAGAUUUUGCAGUAAGAGCAGUACUUUCUCAGGUGUUUCCCUCUCCUCCUGAUUCACCUUAUCCCCAUGUUCCUCCUUUCCCCCCCCCUCCUGCUGACACUGCUUCUCGACUGAUGCCUAUUCUCCCACCACUUCCCUCCGUUGACAGUCCUCCCAUUACUUACUCCCCGACCAUCGCGGAGGAUGGGACUGUUGAGGCUCGUGCUGGGGAUUGCCUGAUCGCCUUCUACUCCCGUCAGCUACUGCCUGCCGAGAUAAACUACACUGCCGAUGAACAUGAGUUCAGUUUCACCACUCARCCCAUCAAGGGUGAAACGAACCGCGUCGCCGAUGCCUUGUCCCACCGUCCUGAUCACAAUCAGGAACCCAUCCAUCUUGCUGCCAUCUCCAUCACCACUGUUAAUCAGUCGGUGAUCGACGCAUAUCGCACCCAGUACCGUCACUGCCCGGAUUAUCGCGUCAUCCACGCGACACUGCAGAGUGGCAAGAUCGUUCCCUCAUACUCCCUGGGUGAGAACGGUCUCGAGUACUGGCAUGGCAGAUCUGGUCAGCUGGAACCACGUAUCUGCGUUCCCUCCACCGGACAGUUCCGUGUCCAGGUUGUAGCAGAGUUCCAAGACCAGGCAGUUGCCGGUCAUAUGGGCUUCCACAAGCCGUUGGCUCGUGUUUGCCGCCUAUACGUCCGACCGAAAUCCAAGGACUUCGUCAAACCCUACAUCCAGGAGUGUCCUACCUAUCAGGGGGUGAACAGUGCGAACCAUCUCCCGUAUGGGUUACUUCAGCCCUUACCCAUACCCGAGGGUCGUUGGCAGUCCAUCUCGAUGGAUUUCAUUGGUCCCCUCCGCCCACCCACCGAGCGCGGUCAUGAUGCUAUCUUGGUCGUCGUCGAUCGCUUCACGAAGCGUGCACAUUUUGUCCCGUGCCGCUAUCGCAUUAGCGCCCGUGAGGUCGCCGACAUCGUCUUCGACCGAGUCGUGAGAGAUCACGGCUUACCUCAGAGCAUCAUCUCCAACCGUGACCCGCGCUUUACCAGCACAUUCUGGCGACGCCUACACGAGAUGUACGGCAACUCCGCUUCUCAUCGUCUUACCACCCUCAGACGGAUGGUCAGACUGAGGUCACCAAUAAAACUCUCGGUAAUUUCCUCCGAAAGUUUGUUAAGGAUGACCAGCAGUGGGACUUACACUUAGCCCACGCGGAGAUUGCGUACAACCACGUUGUUUUGCCAGCAACGAGGAUGUCGCCAUUCUAUUGCGAC